AUGGGAACAAAAUUCCUGUUUCUGAUUGAUCAAUUAGCUACCUCUGGAAACCACCAUUUUUGGGCAAGUCACCUGGAUGUUUGGGACUACUUACGGGACAUAGUACUAGAAAACAGCCUAAGACGGCCACGGCCUGGUCUUGAAAGGUUUCAGAAUUUAAUGGAGAGGAUGCUUGAACCACACACCAUAGAAUCCCUUAAGAGGACAAUGCUGAUGCAUGAAGAAAUCUUCAAACACCAGGUUAGGGAACUUCACCGGCUUUACAGUGUUCAAAGGAUGCUGAUGGAUGAACUGAAAAAUGCGAUGAAACCAACUAGAAUUUGGGUUGGAAUAACUGGCUCAAGCAUUAACCACUCCCAUUUUGUCAACCAAACUCAACCUGUAGAGAGUCAUGGUUGUGAUCCACAUUUAAGUGUGAGAGACGAUCAAAGAUCACGUAAAAGGAGUGGUAGCUGCUCUGGAGAUGCAUUGAGAAUGACAAAGGGUUUCGUCCUUGAAAGGCCUGUGGAAGAUGAUAUUUCAGGUGGAAUUAGUGCCAUUGAAGACGGCCAAGCAGGACCUAGCUGCCAGAGGCCCCGAGAAAACAGUAAGACGCACGUGGAUGGCGAUGAAGAAGAGAGUGAAGUGGAGCUGACUUUGAGCAUUGGAAGACCUACAAGCAAAAAUAAUAGAUCAAAAGUUCACCAGCAACAUUGCAGCUUACAAUUAGGCGACUCUCAAUCAAAUCAUAAUGAAUUCAUGGAGUUGGAUUCUUUUGCCUCAAUCAAACCUGAUAGAGGAGAGGAACACAAUGAUCUCAACAAUGGAGCAGGACAGAGGAGAGGAACACAAUGAUCUCAACAAUGCCAUGAGCAGUUCAAGUGCAACAUUCAAUCAAGAAACUAAGAGGACAGAUUGGCUUUUCCAUGGUCCAAGCUUGAAUAGAACAUGAUUUUUUACAUGUAUGUUCUGUAUCGAUUAAUUUUAACAUAUUUUUGUGAAUUCAGAGACCUGACUUCACUGAUGCAUGAAGAACACCUGAGAGCCAUUUUGACUACUUGUAGGGUUUUGUUCUUCAGAGUAUUUUGCUUAACAGCU